UUUAUAAAACUUAUUGUUAUUUUUACAGCCAUGAAUUGCGAAAGACCGAAGACAAGCGUUUACAAUAAACCAACAAUGACUUUAACCAAUUUAGUAAAUGAACACGUCGUGGUAAUUCCACCUCCGCCACCCAGGUUUUCAUUGGGAGAAUGGCACUUGAACAAUCGAUUGAAGUAUAGAACUUGCCAGGACCAGCAGCAAUUAGCCGAUAAAAUCCUUGCAGAAUGUGAUAGAACUAACACGCAAGUAUGUGAAAUUACAUCAAUGAACAAGCGAGAAGUCGAUCACAAUCUGCAACAAAAGAUCGAUGAGAUUGAAUUCAUGCGAAAUGAAAUCGAUAAACAACGCCGUGCGGUAGUUAAUGAAAAAGACAGCUUGGUAAUGUACGCGGAUCGUAUCAGGGACUGUCUGAAUCUGAUGAAAGAAUGUACCAAUAUCUGCCAGAAAUGUAUUAUCCUUCGAGAAGGACGUCUGGGGAUUGACUUGUGUCACGAUAUGGUCGAACAGGAACUGCUGAAGGAACGCGAGAUGUUGACGGGAAUUCAGUUGCUAAUCUCCAAAAAUUUGGAACAAACUCAGGAGCAACUUAGACGUUUGAGAAGUACUGUUUAUUUCAUGGACAGAGAUCUUGAGGAUAAAGUAAAUGUGCUUAAAAUAGACGGGCAUAAUUUGGGACUGGAUGAAAAAAGUCUUCAGUUGAGCAUGUAUCAUGGACAUGCACCAUUAGACCCAGCGACCAUUACAAUGGAAGAAUGGCAGCUUUUCUCAAAAGAAAACAUUGAACGUGGAGCGAGAGAAAUAAACAGUUCUCGAAUGUUAGUCGUCUAUAUCGAUAUGAUUAUUAAUCAAGGAAUGCAAGAUUUAAAGAAUCAAUAUGACGUUGUUAAUGAAGCAUUCCGCAGUCGCAUUGAAGAAACAAAAGAGUCCAAAUACAAAAUGGAGAUACAACAUGCUGAAACUGUGCGUCAGAUAAACGAAGUGGGACGCACAAUAACCCAACUGGAAAUCUCCCUUUCUGAGAAAGAGGGUUACAUGGCCCUGGCACACACCAGAAUGGGAAAUCGUGCCCAACGUCCAGGCAUGGAGCUGUGUCGUGAUCUUGUCGAAACAAACCUGGUCAACGAAGUGUUGGAAUUACGACAGAACGUUAAUAAAUUACAGCAAACAGUCUGCGAAGCGCAAGCGUCAAUGCGUUAUCUUCUAAAAACUCAAAUACAAAUCGAAGAAGACUUGAAUAUUAAAACAAAUACUUUGAAAAUCGAUGAAGUCGACUGCAUGACACUACGACAAGGCAUGAAUUAUCAUGCUUAUUAAAUAUAAAACUAAAAACUAAAACAGCACUGAUACAUAAAUUGAUAAUUGUAUUAACAUUGGCACAAGCACAAAACGUAUCGUGAGUUGUGAAUAAAUUACAAUUAAGAAGCUAA